AUGGCAAUAGCAUCAACAUCAGCCUCAGCCUCUAAGCUGCUCUCUUUUUCCUCGUUAUCAUUCCGUCUGCGAAGCCUCACAACCGCCUCUAGUAUCAGCAGCAACUGCAGCACCACAAGCAAGAAGAAGAAGGAGAAGGAGAAGCUGAAGCAGAGAGUGGUGAUAAAAGAAAAGAGGAGAACGCGUUCUGAUAGAGAGUUCAAAUUGGAAACCAUUAAACGUUAUGGAGAUACUGCCACCCACAUUCCAGUCAUGCUUGGUGAAGUUUUGGAUGUAUUCUCGGCAUCCAAACAGCUCCGGUACUUCGUCGACUGUACGGUUGGAGCUGCUGGGCAUUCCUCUGCGAUAAUUGAAGGCCAUCCAGAAAUGGAAGUGUAUGUAGGACUUGAUGUUGAUCCUGUGGCGCUUGAGAAGGCUCGAGCUCGGAUCAACUCUGUUUUGCAUAACCCAACUUCUUCGACCCUCAAAGCUUUCACCUUUCUGGAGAAUUUCAGAUAUGUUAAGUCUCUGCUUUGCGAUGUGGAUGAGACACUCCUUGACACUGGGAUUGAUGGGAUUUUAAUGGACUUGGGAAUGUCAUCAAUGCAAGUGAACGAUCCUGAAAGAGGGUUCAGUGUGCUUGCUAAUGGACCUCUUGAUAUGCGAAUGGAUCCUCAGGCAAGUCUGAAAGCUGAAGACAUUUUAAACUCUUGGCCAGAGACUGAGGUAGGGCGCAUCCUGCGAGAGUAUGGGGAAGAAAGUAACUGGUACUCUCUUCAAAAUAGAAUUGUUAAAGCCCGAUUGAAUGGUGGAUUGCAUUCCACUGGUGAUCUAGUUGAUCUUAUAAAAAGUGCGACUCCUCUGAGUCGAGAAGGAAGGCAAGGUUGGAUUAAGACAGCUACAAGGGUCUUUCAAGCUCUGAGGAUAGCUGUCAACGAUGAACUGAAGACUCUGGAGGAUUCUCUUUAUGCUUGUUUUGACUGCCUUGCACCUGGUGGUAGGCUAGCGGUCAUCUCUUUCCAUAGUUUGGAAGACAGAAUUGUGAAACAAACAUUUCUGGACAUCAUCAAUGUCAAAGAUGGAGAUGGGGAUAUUGAUAUGAAUGAAGAAGAAGCGUGGAAGAAAGAUUUGAGAAAGAUCAAGAAUGACAUUGAUGAAAGUGAAGCAUGGAUCAAACAAAUGGUACAAGGCUUGAGAGGAACAAUUCUCACUAAGAGACCAAUUACACCUUCUGAAAAGGAAGAGAGCCUGAAUAGCCGUUCCAGAAGUGCUAAGCUGAGGGUGAUUCAGAAGGCUUAG